AAGCAGCGCUCUCCUCAAGAAAGUGCCUCUCACGAUCAAUCGCUUCACUUUUUGCGAAGCGUACGCUGAGAUUCUCUCCAAAUUCAGAGUGUCGCCGCGAAUAAAAUCGCGGUCGGGAGUCGGACUCUGUAGCUUCUAUUCAAAUCGGUCGGCGGUCUCCAUACCGUGACACCAUCCAGUGGAAUAUUCGAGACGUUUCAGCGCUUUGGAUCCCGCUCAAAAUGACUACGUUACGCCACGAUUGGUAUGAGACCGAGUCUCAGGUCACGAUAGAGAUCUUCUUGAAGAAUCAGAAAACUGAGGAUGUGAAGGUCGAGUUCACGAAAGACUCAGUCUCCGUUCACGCAAAGCUGCCGUCGGAUGUCUACGAUCUGGAAUUGAAUCUCUUCCAAGAGAUCAAUCCGGAGCGAUCGAGCUUCAAAGUCCUCACCACUAAAAUAGAGAUUCGACUGUGCAAAACCUCCGCCGGAAAGUGGUCGGUGUUGGAGCGGAAGCCGGAUGAGAAACCGGAGGACAAAACUCCAUCAUACCCCACUUCGAGUUUGAUAAAGCAUGAUUGGGACAAACUCGAGAAAGAAAUCGAGAAGGAUACCAGCUCACAGGAUGUCGGAGAUCUUUUCAAGCAGAUCUACAUGUCAGGCGACCCAGAGGUGCGCAGAGCGAUGAACAAGUCUUUCUUGGAGAGCAACGGAACAGUGCUCAGCACGAACUGGGACGAAAUAGGCAAACGGAAAACAGAAGUCAAACCACCGUCUGGGACUGAAUUCAAGACCUUCGAAAACUGAGGAUAUCCAUCAUGUAAAGUCAAUCCUUGAUUUAUCUCUUUUUAAUAUUCAUUUGCGGUACCCACCAUGAUCAACAUUAUGCCUCAAUGCCCCCAUAUUACUUGAUGCUUAGGUAUGCAAUGCGAACAGGAUUGGCAUCAUUGUCUGAAUAAACGAUAGGAGGUCAGAGAACUCUCAAA